GUCAAGAAGAACCAGCAGCGCGCCCUCAUGAUCCUGGAGAGCAAGAACAUUCCGUUCGUGACCAUCGACAUCACCGACCCGGGCUGCGAGGACUCCAAGGAUUACAUGAACGAAAACGCCAGGCCCAAAGGGAACAACAAGGUGCCCAUGACGCCGCAGAUCUUCAAUGACGCCGAGUAUUGCGGGGAUUUCGAAGACCUCGACAUGGCCAAUGAAACGGACACACUGGGCGAGUUCCUCAAACUCACAGACGAAGAGAAGAAGAGCAUCAAGAUCGGGAUCACGAGUCUCUUACCCGAAGAGAGAGCCAAACAACAACAACAAGAGGGGGAGAAGAUGACCAAUGGCGUGUCAGCCAGUCGAGAGGCUGAGGUGAACGAGGUACCAGCUGCCGCAACUGAAUCCACCACAGAAGACGAAGGGUUGAGAGAAACGGAAGAUGUCAGUGGAAUGGUGAAUGAGGAACCAACGGCAGAAAGCGCUGAUGCAGAAGUGGUCUCCGAAGAGUUGAAAGAAGAGAAAGUUGAAGCUGCUGGUGAGGUUAAGGAAGAGAAAGAGAAAGAGGAGAAGGAGGAGGAGGAGGAGGAAGGAGAGGAAGAGGAAGAGGAAGAGGAAGAGGAAGAGGGAGAAGAAGAGGGAGAAGAGGAAGGUGAGGCAGGAGAAGCAGACACAUCAACGAAAGUCAAAGAAGUGGAAAAGGAGGAAGCCGAAGCAUAGAGAUGAUCAUAGACCUUAAGACAAAACCUACAUUAAGCCUGCCAGUCACCAAUCAGACAUGAUGAAAGGGAAAGUAGGAGACAGCCAGUGGUAUACAGAUUAGUGAUCCAUCAGCGCAGUGAAACGCAACAAGAGGAGAAUCUCGCUACCUGCUUGAGAUUGGGCCCAUACCAUUUAUCCGAUUUCUUCUUUGUUUCUUUUUUUUUUUGUGAGUGAGAUGACCAGAUGGCGAGCAACAAAGCAUUUUGAAUACCACUGCCAACAAGCUGCUCACAGCCAACUCCUUGUAUGGUGAAGAUAAAGAAUGGAAAAAAAGGAAAAAAUUACUGCAUUCUACUACAGGUUAUAUAAAACUACCAACCCUUUCUCUAAUGACUUCAUUCACAAGCCCAUUUCAACCGUGUUCCUAUACUUUACAUGACAAACCAUAUUGCCUGGGUGUGUCCUGGAGCCGAAAAUUGCCUACUCGGUUUAAGAAAAAAUAAAUAAACCAAAAAAAAUAAAGCGAAAGACAGAUACGACGUCAUCUCAUCAUCUUGAUAUUAUGUACACAUAUGUACUGCAUGGACUACACUUCUCCUAUGAUGCUCUCUCUCACUUUUCAAUCCUUCCAGACUAAUUAUUUUGUAGAUCUGUUGUGAUCUCUAAUGAAGAUCCUAAUUAAAUAACUAUUUUAGCUCCUGGUAUCAUCUUUACGAAAAGGAUAUACUCUCUGUAUACUCAUAUAAAUCAGUAUUACUAAAUAAUAUGACUUAUCCUUAUAAUUGAUGUUAUUAUAAGUAUGUAUUUAUGAUUUCUUCGUAAAUAUUAAAAUCCAAAGGACGUUGGCAAUGUUCAGCGAUGCAAUAAAUUGAUGAUAAAAUUUUGCUGGUUCAGUCUUAUCCAGCAUCUUUGCGAAUAUUUUUUUGAAAAGUAUAUAUGGCCAGUGAUUGCAAAAAUGAAAAAAUAGAAGAAAAAAAAAAAGUUUUUAGGUGCAAGAUCCUCAAGGGAAGCAGACAAUAAAUAUAUAAGAAAGUUGAUGUGUACGUAUUUAAAUUACCAUCUCUGAUGUGCGUAGGAGUUGCAGAAAACAAAACUUGAUAAGUGCAAUAUAUGACUAAUGAUAUAAAAAAGAUAACACUGCCACUACCUGUGUGUUGUGACAGGUUGUGAUGAAGUUGUAUGUUAUUCACAUGCCAGGAACCUGCCACAUUUAUAUGCAAUUUAAGUGUAUCUUGAGCAUACACACACACAAACACUUACAAAUGCAUAAAACCACUUGUAAACAUGCACAAACAUACUACACUCACACAUGUUAAAACACAUAUGUAUGUCAUUGUUGUAAAAGGGAGAAAUCAUAAAAUGAUUCACAUCUAUUGAUUGACAUAUGUAUGUCCCUUUUUUGGAUUUUUUUCUCUUCUUUUUUUUUAAACUGUCAUCGAGCUGGAGAACACAUCUCAUUUUGUUGCAUUUUUUUUUCUUCUCUUUUAUUAUAUUUUUUUUUUAUUUAUAUUCUCUUCUUUCCACUUCCUCUCUCUUUCUCACUAUUCUUUUAUUUUAUUAUUAUUAUUUUUUUUUCUUGCCUUAUAUCUUCUCUUCCUCUUUUUAUCAAGUAUGUCUUUCCUCCCAUGUAGAAUAUCAUUAAUUAUAUCCAUUGAUAUUCUCCUUAUUAAUGCUGAAAAUCAUAUCAUUCAAAUUUUUCACAUGUAAUGAUACAAUGGGAGCAAAGAUGCAUUAAAAAAACAUAAAAACAACAAAUAAUUGAAAAAAAAAAAGUUUUUGUUAUGCGAGUGGCUCCAAAUGUUUGUUUUUGUUCAAAUUUGUAAUGUUUUGAGAGCUUCUGCUGAAUUUUAGUGAAGCAGGGAAGCACUUUCUGGGUUUGUAUGUGAAAUCUUCACAGAGAAGCUUUCCUGAGUUUCAGAGAAGCAGAGGAACAUUUGGUUGUAUGUGAACUAAGUGAAUGUACCUGUUUUACUUUAUAAAUAAACAUGAAAAUCAAA